AUGAGCAUGACUGCAACCAGGAAAUUAGUCAGAUUAUCAGAUGUUAUUUUUGGUAGAAUCGAUUUUCCUCUGUACAAAAAGAUCAGACGAGCAGGGAAAAAUGCCCGUCUGGCUUGCUUUUUCAUUCACUUUUUCCAAAUUAUGUAUAUGAUUCAGCUCCUGAAGACAUACUAUAAUCCUAAGGUCCGAGAGGUAUACAACUAAUUCAGUGGAACAUAAAGAUAACUAAUUGCACUGAUUAUUUGGAUUAAUGUUGCUCAAUUCUCUAAUCAGGCUUUUGCCUUAUUCAAUUCUUUAAUUCUCAUGGCAUUUUAUCUAUUAUUACAGUAAGUCAAAUUGACAUAUUAAUUGUUUAGAAUGUGUGGAUUUUAUGGACCAGAGGACACAUAUGUCGAAGAUGAAGAGAGUAUCUAAGAGAACUCAGUAGAAGAUAUCUUUAGAUUUAUGGAUUAGAGAAUUGAUGAGCUCAAAUUUAGGUAUAAAGAUUUAAAGAGAAGAUUUGACAGAAAAAAGAAGCCAAUAUCUCUAGUCUGUAUAAUAUGCUUUGAUGAUUUCUAACCAUUGAGUGAAGUUAUUUAGCUUUAGUGCAAUACUAAUCAUAUUUAUCAUAAAAAGUGCUUAGUUGACUGGCUCUAAAAGAAUAAGAGUUGUCCCUUGUGCAGAAAAUAGAUAUUUCAUUCCAUUCCGAGAAAGAAGAUUGAUGCUGCUGCAUUGGCUUAACAGCAAGUUGACAAUGAAAAUAGUGGCAACCAAAGCAGCGAUGAAUUAUAAAAUUAGAAUUCUUAAUGA